UUCCGCUGCACCGCGAGUAAAAAGGAAACCGCACGCAUCGUAGAGCCGGAGCUGGCGUGACUUUGUUGACUCUUCAAUACAAAAAGACGGAGUCUGCGAAACGAAAUCAGCAUAAAUAUUAAUAUGUAAGAUGGCAGUUAACCUCGAGCGAACCCUGGAGUCGAUUCAGCGCGUUAAAGUCGACCGCGGAGGACAAUUACUGUGUUGAAGCCUCAGAAGACUGCCCGCUGGUAACUGAACGCCAACCGAACAGAGACUGUAAUGUACCAUGACUGAAUCUUGAGAGCACCGUCUCUCGAAAAAACGCGACGCGGAAGGAGAGUGUGGUGUGGAUGUGCCUUUAGCUACCUCCGAGCUGUGUGAAUAUCACUGUUUACACCAUGAAGAACUGCGAGUACCAGCAGAUCGACCCGCGGACGUUGGUUGUGUCGCCCUCGUCGGCGCAGAAACACACGGAGAAGGAGGCUGAGCGGCCGCGGAGGAAAUGGGAAGUGUUCCCGGGGAAGAACCGGUUUUUCUGCGGUGGACGGAUCAUGCUGGCCAGACAGAGCGGUGUCCUUCCUCUGACUCUGGGCCUUAUUGUUUUCACUUGUGGCCUUUUCUUUGGAUUCGAUUGCUCCUUCCUGGUAGAGCAUCUGACGGUCUUCAUACCUAUGAUUGCUGCGGUGCUCUUUCUGUUUGUUGUCAUCUCCCUGCUGUGGACCAGCUUCACAGACCCAGGCAUCUUACCCAGGGCCACUCCAGAUGAAGCUGCAGACAUAGAGAAGCAGAUAAAUACCUCAGGAUCCUCUACAUAUCGCCCCCCUCCACGGACAAAGGAGAUCCUCAUUAACCAGCAGGUGGUGAAGCUCAAAUACUGCUUCACUUGUAAAAUGUUCCGGCCUCCACGAACCUCCCACUGCAGCCUGUGUGACAACUGUGUGGAACGUUUUGACCACCACUGUCCGUGGGUGGGAAACUGCGUGGGCAAACGCAAUUACCGCUUUUUCUACAGCUUCAUCAUCUCUCUGUCAUUCCUGACAUCUUUUAUUUUUGGCUGUGUCAUCACACACAUCACUCUCCGUUCUCAAAUUUGCAAAAGCCUUGUUCAAGCCAUUCAAGAAAGCCCUGCCAGUGUGGUGGAGUUGGUGGUUUGUUUCUUCUCCAUCUGGUCUAUACUGGGCCUCUCAGGCUUCCAUACCUAUUUAGUAGCCUCCAACCUCACAACAAAUGAAGAUAUAAAGGGCUCCUGGUCAAGUAAAAGAGGUGCAGACGAGUCUGGGAACCCGUACAGUCACAGCAACAUCAUAACCAACUGCUGUGCAACGUUAUGUGGGCCCAUGCCCCCGAGUCUCAUAGACAGACGAGGUUUCGUGCCUCCUGAUGAGGCCAUCCCUGCUGCGUCUGCCUCAGAGAUAGAGCUGCCACUCUUCACGGCCAAGAAUGACGCACACAUGUGCACUCAGAGCACAAAGGACAUGUUGGAGAGGAUGGUCCACUCCUCAGACUUCCAUGGCCUGUGUCCACCUGGCACCUCUAAGACCGCUCCUCUUGGUUUGGGGGUCACCAGUACGCCAGCACGAUCCACUCAGCCUUCGCCGUCUGCUCUGUGCUCACAGCAGCAUGUUCACCAGCCUGUGGCCUUGCCGUGCACCACAUACAGUAGAAGCAGCAAGAGGGACUCGCCGCUCUCCAUCAACCCAGCGUUCCGUCUGGCGUCUCCCUCUCCAUCACUGAGUCGUGUCAGCUUGAUUCUGGACGAUUCACCCGACACUGGCUUCGUCCCAAUACCGUGAGCGUGUACCCAGUUAUUAUAGGAGAACAGGAGCAGUCAUCGUGGACUUAUUCCACUGCUUUUAUCACUGGCAAUGCUUUUUGGCUAUAAAGAGACAGUUUCCACAGUGGUUAUCAUGAUGUGUGUUUCCUGGAGGCUUUUUAUGUUCCGCGAGCUUUAUCAACACUCUUCUACGAUGUGUGUCCCUCGGGGAAUUGGCGGUAAAUCUUAGUAACACUUGGAAGCACAAUAUAGAGAUAUUUUUUUAAACACCUUUUAUUAAAACACCCAUAAAUUGUCUCCACACUUUCCAAAGACACCCAAGCCAUCAGCCGCAGUGUUUCAGUUCCCGUUAUAUCUCGUACAAACUGGUCUUUAAAGCGGGGGAAAACUGUGGAUGCAAGACGUAUGUGAUCGAUUCAAGAGUUAGCCUUAUGUCAUGUCAUCUGUAUCAGCCCAGUGUUACUGUGUGGAUCCAUUUUGGCUGUUGUCAAAGCAAUGACUUCUCCGUUUGACGGCGGUAGACAUGGUGCAGUCUGUGUAUUAUUUUCAGUAUUUGCACAUUUUGUACAUCAGCUGCUUCGAGCUAAAUGGCACAUAUAUUUUUGUAAAGUGCUUCACUUUAGGAAACAGUAAUUGGAGGACGGUCCAUUAAACAUAUGUGUUUGAAUUCUUGUAUUCACAUUUGUACUAUUUACUGUAUGUAUGUAUGUAUACAGACUGUACAAGCUCCACUUUUUUUUUUUUUUUGCUUUAUCUCAUUUGUUGGUUAAAGUCAGUCAGGGCUUGUGUUGGAGAGUUAGUAACCUCCUCUUAAUGUGAUGUACUAAGUCACUCGAAGUACAAGUGAGCAUCAGUUAUGUUUUCCAAACUGACCUGUUACUAGUGUGUAGGUGGUCAAAGGUGGUGGUUUGAGGAAAGUGUAAGCAGAGGAAAGUUGAUGAGGCCUGUUGUUGUGUAGGCUGUGACCUUUUACUGCUCUUACAGCAUGAAACUCAACCCCAUCUGUAAUGCUGGAGUACAGUUUCCUUUGAGUUUCAGUGUUAGCUUGUGCCACUAGGGGGCAGGAUGUGAACAAGGAUUGCAGCCUCAUCAGAGGACAAUUAGAAGAAAGGCCUUUUGAUGUUUUAUUUAUUCAUUGUUACUUUUUUAUGGUUGAGAAUUGAAGCUGUAUAUAGGUUGUGAGUUUGUGAAAAAUCACUUUGCCAUAGACGGUGGAUCAUUCAUUCAUUCAUCCAUCAUAUAGUUUGUGUAGAGAAAGCUACAAGCAGCGCUUGUAUGAAGAAUCUUGUUUGUAGGAUGUGACAGUGGAACUGUAACAUUUGGUCAAUAAAAAUGAUCAGUUUGUUUUGGUUGA